GCCAGACCGCACGCGCCUCCGCGGUCUUAUAUUGAAAAAAAAAACAUAAAAAUAACAAUGAUCAUAGUGCGGAGGUUUUUCGCUUGGAGAAAUGGAUCGAGGUUCAAUCAGUACUUGAUGGCUGUAACAUUAUCGAUCCCUCUCCUCUGCUUCGGCAUGAUCCAGGGCUGGCUGUCUCCGAUGAGGAGGAUCCUUGAGUCUUCAGAGAACCCGAUAGACCACCCGUAUACCAAGGAUGAGUACUCCUGGGCGGCGUCCGUUACAUAUAUCACAGCAAUCAUACUCGGACUUCCCCUGGGUUACUUCAUGGACAGAUUUGGUCGAAAAUUCAUGAGUCUAGUCACUAUAUCGACAAUAAUGGCAUAUUGGCUGAUAAAAAUAAUAAGCCUCGAGCCUUCGUCGUUCAUCAUAGCGCGCGCCGUGGCAGGAUUCCCCUGCUCGGCCGUCUACAUCAUCAUGCCGUGCUACAUCAAGGAGAUCAGCGACAUUGACCUUCGGAGUGCGUUUGGCUCACUCUACAUACUGAUCAGAAACGUCGGUUACCUGACAAGCUACGUGCUCGCAGAUCUGCUGAGCGUCUACGCCAUGCUGUGGGUAGGCUUCGGAGUGGCAGCUGUUAUAUUUCUACUGUUCCUUUUGCUGCCAGAGACGCCUGAAUAUCUUAUCAAGACGGGGAAGGUUGACGAGGCUAAGGAAGUGAUGGCUUGGCUCCGUGGCAUCAGCGUGACUGACGACCGGCUGGUCCGGGAUAUUGACACUAUCAUCUACCGUGAUAAGCAGACCACUAUGGAAGCGAAGUCUACGUGGGGCACAAUUUUCCACGAUGCGACCACCAGAAAAGCGUUCAUUAUAUCCUGGGUCAUCAAAGUGGCCCAGCAGUUCGACGGCUACCUGAUCGUGCUCAUCUACGCCAGCUCCAUCUUCGACGUGGCGGCAGACUCCGUCAACAUCAAGCUGUCUGCCAAUCAGCAGGUUAUGGUGGUGGGGGCAGUUCAGCUGGUGGGCUCCAUGUCUGCCACAGCGCUCGUCGAGAAAACGGGAACGAAGAAACUGCUAGUCGGUACAUCAUUCACAAUGGGCGUGGGUAUGGGCAUACUAUCCAUCUGGUUCUACCUGACAGCAUCAGGCUGGAGUCUGCCUGGCUGGAUCCCGGUGCUGGCGCUGUGUCUCGCCAUCGUCUCUGACGCGGCUGGCUUCCAGCCCGUCUCCUACAUUGUUAUCACUGACAUGUUUACCUUCCAUCUCCGUGGUCAAGUGUCAUCCUUUAUCAACGUGUGCGGGAAAGGCGCCAACUUCAUCCAAAUCAAGGGCUUCCACGCCCUCAACCAAGCCAUCGGCAUCCAGUUCACCUUCCUAAUCUUCGCGGUCAUCUGUUUCGGAUCCUGUCUAUUCUCCAUCAUCUUCUUCCCUGAGACUAGAGGGCGGUCCCUUGAUGAGAUAUACAAGGAGCUUGCUGGGCGAAAUAAGAAGGACGAUAAUCAAAAUCAACCUCAGGUCUGAGUUUAGCUAGUC